AUGGACACCCCCCAAUCUCCCACCUCUCCUAAGAGGAGUCGUGGGUUCAGCGUGAGAUCUGGCAACUCGGACAAAUCGGAUUCAACAGGCCACAGACGCGGAGUUUCUGAGUCGUCAGAAGAGAAAGCUCGUCGCAGUCUACAAACCAAAGCAGAUCCACUCGUCGCCAUGAACGAGCUUCAGCCAAAUUCGGUCGCGCUGGAAAAGUCAAAUUUGGGCUCACUGCGAGAGAUUGAAUUCAAGGAUCAGUAUGGGAAUGUUAUCACCGAUCCCGACCUGUCAAAUCCCACGCGACCGCGUUUGGAACGCCCCUUGGAUACAAUUCGAUCGUUUGAGGCAGCUAUCAACAGUUCAUACAACAAUAAUCGUGCGUCAUAUGCCAAAACAGAUGAUGCCGCAUCACAGAUAGGCGACUUCAGCCGUCGAACAAGCUACUAUGGAGGCCAAAACAACGGCCCUUCCAACAGAAACUAUGAACAAAACAACUACUACGGCCAAACUCAAUCGCGACCGGACAGCAUCGUGAAUGCGUACCAAAACACACCUCUAUCACCCGAGAACCCCAAUCCAUACCCAUACACCCAGAGCGGAUAUAACCAGAGCGGAUAUAACCAGAGUGGAUAUAACCAAAGUGGAUAUAGCCAGAGCAGCAGAAGACGCCCGUCCCACCACCCACGCGGGUCACCCUCGACACCCAUGACCCCCUCCGAAGGCUACCCAAACAUGGCCAACAGCUCACAAUACGGCUACCAACGGUCGCGCGACAAUGUGGCUGCCAUGUCAAACAAUAGUUCUAGCAACACAUACCCCUACGGCCAGUCUACAGACCCCAGCUCGAUCAACAGCUCCAACGACCAAUUGCAGCAGCAGGCUCUGCAGCAACAGCGUCUCGACGAGCGUGCUCAAGCGGAGUAUGGUUUCAAUGGUUUCAACUCACCGAGGGCUCCCCAGCCCAUCGGUGAUUGCGGUGGACCUGCUGGGGGUACUCCGACUUCCGCGGGGGCUGGGCCGUCACAAUCAGUUGACCGCAAGAAUGUGAACCAGCCAUCGCCUGGUGGACCGAAAGCGGAAAAGAGGAAGAGCUGGUUCAAACGCCGGUUCAGCAAAGAUUAA